AUGGGAGAAGCCGGUCAAUCAGUUGACGAGCAAAUCGAGACUCCUUAUGAUCCCUCGAUCCAUCAACGAAGAAACGUGCAUUCGUGGGGCCGUUUGUUAGCUUACACACUACUAAUUCUUGUAGGAGAAUCAAGCUCAACUUUGCUAGGUGGACUAUACUUCAAUGGAGGUGGAAACAACAUAUUCUUGGUUGCACUUCUUGAAUUUGUUGGCUUCCCUAUUCUUAUCCCAUUCUACAUCUAUUUUUCAUCUCGAUCAACCUAUUCGAUCUACGAGGAAUCAUCCAACAAGACUACCAUGACCAUAAUAUUAUACAUGUUGCUAGGUUUGCUUGAAGCCAGUUGUAGCAUUAUGUAUGCAAUCGGACUCCAACAACUCCCGGUGUCCACAUAUUCACUCAUCGGCACUACCCAACUUGGCUUCAACGCCCUCUUCGCCUUUUUCCUCAACUCAGAGAAACUUACCCCACCCACACUUAACGCGGUGGUCCUCCUCACCAUCUCCUCCGCCCUGCUCAUUUUCCAACCCAGUCAUUACAAAAAUGAUUGGGUUGAAAAAGGCAGGGCAGAGAACUUUAAGGUGGGUUCUUUUUGCACCCUGGUGGGGUCUGCGCUUUAUGCGCUGACCCUGUCACUGAUAGAACUAGUCUCUGACAAAAUUAUAAAACAAGAAACAUUUCCUUCAAUUUUGCACAUGAACAUUUUUGAAUCCCUAAUCUCCACGUGUGCCAUCGCGGUUCCUCUCUCGUCUAGUGGAGGGUGGCCGGCGGUAAUGAGAGAGAUGGAAAAUUUCCAGCACGGGAGGGUGGCGUACAUGGCAGUGGUCACCACAUCCGCUGUUGCGUCACAACUUCAGGCGAUAGGAUCCGUCGGCCUAAUUAUAGAGGUUUCGUCAUUGUUUUCGAAUGUGAUUGCAACGGUUGGGUUGCCGAUUGUUCCGAUUUUGGGAGCAAUUUUCUUCCAUGAAAGUUUGGAUGGGAUCAAGGUCAUCUCCAUCAUCUUAGCUGUUUGGGGUUUCACAUCUUAUGUGUAUCAGUACCGUUGA